CACACAAUGUCCAACUGUCUUGCUCUUCUGUCCAUCUGUUUUUUUUUUCAUUAUAUUAUAUUAUUCCAUUCCAGUACACUCACACUACCUCCCUCCCCACUACUUCCAUCCAUCUCCCUGUUUAUAUAUGUAAUCUCUCGCCAUUUCCUCUCAAUCCCCUUGUUGACUCUCUCUCUCUCUCUCUCUCUCUCCUAUUCUAUUCUAUUUUAAUUAAGGUUUGCAGAGAGCGAGGUUAUAGAUACAUAUAUAGAGAUAGAUUGUGGAUUGGGUUAUCGGAGAUGACAAUGAGCAACCUUAACAGCACCGUCGUGGCCGGGCAGAAUAAUAACUUGGGUGACACGACGUUGACGAAGGUGUUCGUGGGAGGGUUGGCGUGGGAGACACCUAAGGAGGCCAUGAGAGAGCACUUUGAGAAGUUUGGAGAGAUUUUGGAGGCUGUUAUCAUCUCCAACAAGCUCACCGGCAGAUCUAAAGGCUACGGUUUUGUGACUUUUAAAGAUGCUGAGGCAGCGAAGAAGGCUUGCGAGGACGCAACGCCGAUGAUCCACGGCCGGAGAGCCAACUGCAAUCUUGCUUCGCUUGGCGCGCGCCGCCCCCGGCCGCCGCAUUCCUCCACCACCCCUCCACCGCCACAAGGGCCCAAUGUUGGACCGAGGGGAGCCUCGACAGCGCCCGUAAAUCACGUGCAGUGGUACUAUCCCGCCGGAGCACCGCCGCCACCUCCUCCGGCCGCCGGCAUCGCUGCUCCUCCGCCAUUCCACCCUCAGAACCACCGCCAAGCCGUUCCAAUUUACGGGUACCCUCCGACAUACGUUGCCACAGACAUGACUUAUAAUCACAAGGUGAGCUACGGCGGCGGGGCCUACAUGAACGGGCAUUUUUAUCACCCCGGCCAGGCCAUGAUGGGUGCAAACACGUUGGUGCCAGUGUACCCUUUCUACCAAAUUCACCAUCAGACACAGACAUUGGGCCUGCCGGCCCAUUUGUACUCUCCGACAACUCCGGGCCCAGUUCCCACUGUUCCGGCCCUCGUAUCAAAGCCCACAUCAAUCGCCCCGACCGCAGCAGUUUGCUUGGCUGUGGAAUAGGUACAGUUGUUGGGAAUGGAGAAGCUCUGAAGAGGGUGGUUAAGGGAAAUUAGGUAUGGAAGGAGGAUCAAAGUGCAAAUAACACAAAAAAAAAGAAGGAAGAAGAGGAUGAUGAUGGCUGCUCAGAACAACAUUAUUAUCAGAUCUGCAGUGGCUCUUCUGAUUUCCCAUUUUAUUUUAUUUUUUUUCUUUUUUAUUGUUUUAAUUUUUUUUUUAUGGGAGAAAAAAAAAAAGAUUCUUAUGAUGAAUAGGCAGCCGCUAAUUAGAUUCAUUCAUUCUCUUCAUUGUCGUCUAACCUUGUACGUAGCGGUAGCUCAGCUUGUUGAGCUGCAUGCUGGCAUAAAUCUGGGAUUUUAUAUUGUAAUGUAACCUAAAACAGUUAAAAUCAUGCAUGCUUUUCA